ACAAAACAACGUGCCAACAAGAGUGAUCAAACUUUGUGCGUCUCGCGCCUAGAAUUUUAAAAGAUGAGUGAAUCAGUUGCAUAUACUUUGCAGUAUUCAUGUGAUUUUGCCAUACUUGAGAUACAGAUUCCGGAAGUAGAUUUGGAACAUGAAGAUUCAAUCGUCCUUGAAGUGCAAGAAAGAGAACUGGUGUUCACUGUACCACCGUAUCAUGUGCGGAUACCCACAGAGCAGGAUCUACAACCGAUGGAAGUUUUCCCAAAAAAUAUUGAUUAUGAGAAAGGAAUCAUAGUUUACAACAUUCCAUUGAGCAAACAUACUGCAGAUGAAGGAAAGCUACCUCAAGCCUCCCAUUCUUAUGGAUUUGGUGAUUUUUACUCUGGAGCUCUGAACAUUGUAAACAGUCAGGAUUUCAAAUCCUUAUCCAAUCCAGAAGCGUAUUCCAACGAGCAAAGAAAGAACAAACGCCUUGCAGAUGAACGGCAUGAUUUCAAUCCCGAACACUUCGGAAUGGACCACGUGCAGAACCUGAUCGAUGGAUUUGGGUUAGAUACGGUCGAUAUUCCCACACAGAUCCGACUGACAAAUGAUCAAAAGUAUCGCAUCAAGAUGAUCAUAGAUGAGAAGAAACGAGAAGUGGACAAAUAUCAAUCACUUUGCAAGGAUGAAUCUAUAUGCACUAAUCUAGUGGAUAUCGUUCUUGCCGUACUGUACGACCAGCUGGUUAACAGCAAUGAGCUGAACGAAGCGAUAUCUCAUGUCAACAUUCACCGCAUUUCAAGUAGCUUGUCAUACUUUGAAAUGUUUUCCUCUCAGGAAGAUGUACUUGUUGCUUUCUACAGGAGAUGCUGCAUAUAUCCUCUGUUUCGAAGUAAGAGUCUAAGUCGAAAGUGUGUUGAACAGUUCAUAGAUGCUACAAAGCAAGAGUUUGCAUUGGAGUGGUUCCUGGAUAAAUUAUUGUACUGCUACGAUGCUUUCAAAGCGAACGAAUGCGUCGUGCUGAACCAUUACUACAUCAAAGAUUGCAUACGGUUCGUCCAGAUUUGUACUCCUAUCGAAAUGCUCCGCAAAACUGGUAAUGCUAUCGAAAAGUUGCUUCCGUUGGUUCAUGACAGAUCGUUGGGUUUUGGAGAGGAAGCGAUGGCAAGGAAAUUUGUGCGUGACAUCAUAGGAGCGAAUGAAGAUUCGACCGAUUCGGAUGACACAAGCGGAUCAAGUGACGCAUGGGAAACAGAAAGCGAUAGUAGUGAUGACGAGGCUUCUCGAACAUCACCGGAAGAAAGUGUGUUGGACAAAUUGAUGAACUUGAAAAUACAAAUUUAGAACUGCUCGUUGAUUCCAUUU